CAAUAUCCUAAUUUAUGCCAAGAAGAUAGUGAUGGAAAUGAUAAUUAUUAUGGAAUUACUAAUAAAUCACUAUGUCCGCUAUGUAAGUUGGAUCAUAACGAUGAAAAUAGUAUAGAAGGCAAAUAUGAAAUUGGAUCUUAUAAUCUUAAAUAUAAACAGCAUGAAAUUGAAAUUGAG